GUCUCGGGAUGCAACUAAGCGUUCUUCGCUCCCGCCCCGCUGACCCCGCCACACUGGCACGGUUUUCUAUUCGCCCGGGUCGCGGGUGGGAGGCGAGGAACGGCGGGGUUCAGGAGCCUGGCUUCCCGCCAGGGCUGUGGCCUUCGGCCCAGGGGCCACCAGGCGGCCGCGCCUGCGAGGCGGGAGGGGAGGACGCCGGCCCCGGCGCAGCUCGGCCAUGGGCUCCCGCAGCUCCCGCGCCGCCAGGAUCCCCGACGUGGACAGCAUCCAGCGGGAGACCGGCUUCUCGCAGGCCAGUCUGCUCCGCCUCUACCACCGGUUCCGAGCGCUUGACAAGAAUGAGAAGGGCUACCUCAGCCGCGUAGAUCUGCAGGAGAUCGGGGCGCUGGCCGUGAACCCUCUGGGAGACCGCAUUAUAGACAGCUUCUUCCCUGACGGGAGUCUGCAACUGGACUUCCCAGGCUUUGUCAGAGUCCUGGCUCACUUUCGACCUGUGGAUGUUGAGGACCUCAGAAACCGGGACCCCCAGGAACCCGAGCCCCUCAACAGCAGAAUGAACAAACUUCGCUUUGCAUUCCAGCUCUAUGACCUGGAUCGAGAUGGAAAGAUCUCCAGGCAUGAGAUGCUGCAGGUACUCCGGCUGAUGGUUGGGGUACAGGUGACAGAAGAGCAGCUGGAGAGCAUUGCCGACCGCACAGUGCAGGAAGCCGACGAAGAUGGGGAUGGCGCUGUGUCCUUCCUGGAGUUCGCCAAGUCCUUAGAGAAGAUGAACAUCGAGCAGAAAAUGAGCAUCCGGAUCCUGAAGUGACGCCCUUUGUGCCAUGGGUAGCUUACAUGGACCAGUUCUGCCUGCGACUCCUCCUCAUGGAGGCCCAGCCCCAGUGAACUGUAUUCUUACUUGUACACUGAGCUCUAACUAGGACCAAGGAGAAAAGCUUGGAGGGGUGUUUACCAACUCAUUUGAUCUCAGAUCUGUGAAUCAGCCAGAAAAUUUUUGGUUGCAAGUGACUGAAAACCCAAAUCAAAGGGAUUUCAGUUAAAAAAGAAUUUUAUGGGCUCAUGUAUUGAAAAAGUGUGGAAGUAUCCAGAAAACUGGGAAGGUCUGGAAGUGUCUCAGGCACAGCUGAAUCCAAGGACCAAAAUGAUGCUAUCAGGACUCAGUUAUUCUCUGUCUCUCAUCUCAGCUUUCUUUUGUGUUGUAUCCGUUCUCAGGUGGGCUCUUUCCUCGUAUUGGAGGAUGGCCACCAGCAGUUCCAGGCUUCCAUCCUACUAGCCUAGUAAUGCAGAGGGAAGAGAUUUUCUUGUUCAAUAAUUCCAAGCAAAGAGUCUCAUUAGCCCCCCCGGAACCUUGUCCUUUCUCCAGGGGAAUGGAACUUUCUGUUUGGCCAGGACUGUGUCAUGUGCUAAAUGCUAGAGCCAGGAAAUAAGGCCUGAGGAGGACUCAAGAUGGGGUAAGGGAUGGUUGCUUAAAGGAAAAUGCAGGGCUAUUAUCAGAAGGGGAAAUGAUGCUGGUCAGGCAAAACAAGAUAUCCAUUAGUGUUAGGUUGACCAAAUGGAGGGAUCCUUGAAGUCUGGCUUCUUAAGUGGGUUUUCACUGAUGAAGGUGGGUAGUGGGGGAAGAGGUGAUGUAAAAAUAAUAAGACAUACCUUCCUAGAGUAUGAAAUAAUUAAAAGGUU